UCAUGGCUUGCUUGGUGGACCAAGGCCCAAGCCCUUCAACGAGUAAUUUUGGUAGCAGCAAUUUUUUUUUUUUUUGCGCAUUGAGAUUAGUUGUUUUUCCUUUUUUGGACGGCUACUGAGAUUUAUAUCUUCGAGCUCUUUUUUUUUUUUUGGGAUUCGGUGAAGCAGGAAGAUGUUCAAGAACACGUUUCAGUCCGGGUUUCUGUCUAUUUUGUACAGUCUAGGAAGUAAGCCUCUUCAAAUAUGGGAUAAAGAAGUGGAGGAUGGCCAUGUGAAGCGUUGCCAUGAUGAUGACAUUCAAUCCAAUGUGCUAGAAGUAGUUGGAUCAAACAUCCAGUCUACAUUCAUUACAUGCCCAGCUGAUCUUUCCGCAACUCUUGGUAUCAAACUUCCCUUCUUGGUCCUGGUAGUGAAGAAUAUGAAGAAAUAUUUCUCCUUUGAGAUUCAGAUUCUCGAUGACAAGAAUGUUCGCCGGCGUUUCCGAGCUUCUAACUUUCAAUCUGUGACUAGAGUGAAGCCAUAUAUCUGCACAAUGCCACUGAAGAUGGAUGAGGGAUGGAAUCAAAUCCAGCUGAACUUAGCUGAUCUUACUAGGAGAGCUUAUGGGACUAAUUAUGCUGAGACAUUGCGAGUUCAGGUUCAUGCUAACUGCCGUCUCAGGCGUAUAUAUUUUGCUGACCGUCUCUACUCAGAAGAGGAGCUUCCUCCGGAAUUCAAGCUCUAUCUUCCAGUGCAGAAAGCAUGAAAUGUUCAUUCCGGAUGCUUCCGCCACUGUCGUGGUACGCAGGAAAACUACUGCAAACUAUAUCAGAUUUAGACCUAGAGCGUCUACAUUAGGUGAUAGUUUUUCGAUCUCGCUUGUAGCACCCAUGGUAAUUAGAGUUUGCCUUACCAUGAGUGUGUUUGACUUGUGUUAAAAAAUUUCAUGAAAUAAGAUUAUAGACGCUUAAGAUUUUCAAUGAAUAUGGUACAUGAUCUU